AUGGGGACACCCACCAGGAGGAAGCUACAUGUGCUGCUGCUGGCUGCUGUGGCCCUUGUUGCUUCUCCAGCCUGGACUUCAGCCCGGGGAUCCCCAGCCACCUUUGGGCCUGUCUUUGAAGAGCAGCCCCUUGGUCUGCUGUUCCCAGAGGAGUCCACAGAGGAGCAGGUGCUGCUGGCGUGCCGGGCCCGGGCCAGCCCUCCAGCCACCUACCGGUGGAAGAUGAAUGGCACCGAGAUGAAGCUGGAGCCAGGUUCCCGUCACCAGCUGGUGGGCGGCAACCUGGUCAUCAUGAACCCCACCAAGGCACAGGAUGCCGGCGUCUACCAGUGCCUGGCCUCCAACCCAGUGGGCACUGUUGUCAGCAGGGAGGCCAUCCUCCGCUUCGGCUUUCUGCAGGAAUUCUCCAAGGAGGAGCGAGACCCAGUGAAAACCCACGAAGGCUGGGGGGUGAUGCUGCCCUGUAACCCGCCCGCCCACUACCCAGGCCUGUCCUACCGCUGGCUCCUCAACGAGUUCCCCAACUUCAUCCCGACGGACGGGCGUCACUUCGUGUCCCAGACCACAGGGAACCUGUACAUUGCCCGGACCAAUGCCUCAGACCUGGGUAACUACUCCUGUCUGGCCACCAGCCACAUGGACUUCUCCACCAAGAGUGUCUUCAGCAAGUUCGCUCAGCUCAACCUGGCUGCCGAAGAUACCCGGCUCUUUGCGCCCAGCAUCAAGGCCCGGUUUCCAGCAGAGACCUAUGCGCUGGUGGGGCAGCAGGUCACCCUGGAGUGCUUCGCUUUUGGGAACCCUGUCCCCCGGAUCAAGUGGCGCAAAGUGGACGGCUCCUUGUCCCCGCAGUGGGCCACAGCCGAGCCCACCCUGCAGAUCCCCAGCGUCAGCUUUGAGGACGAGGGCACCUAUGAGUGUGAGGCGGAGAACUCCAAGGGCCGCGACACCGUCCAGGGCCGCAUCAUCGUGCAGGCUCAGCCCGAGUGGCUCAAGGUGAUCUCGGACACCGAGGCCGACAUCGGCUCCAACCUGCGCUGGGGCUGCGCGGCCGCCGGCAAGCCCCGGCCCACAGUGCGCUGGCUGCGGAACGGGGAGCCUCUGGCCUCCCAGAACCGUGUGGAGGUGCUGGCGGGGGACCUGCGGUUCUCCAAGCUGAGCCUGGAGGACUCGGGCAUGUACCAGUGUGUGGCCGAGAAUAAGCACGGCACCAUCUACGCCAGCGCCGAGCUGGCCGUGCAAGCACUUGCUCCUGACUUCAGGCUGAGUCCUGUGAGGCGUCUGAUCCCUGCAGCCCGCGGGGGAGAGGUCGUUAUCCCCUGUCACCCCCGGGCAGCUCCGAAGGCCGUGGUGCUCUGGAGCAAGGGCACUGAGAUUUUGGUCAACAGCAGCAGAGUAACCGUCACUCCGGAUGGCACCUUGAUCAUAAGAAACAUCAGUCGGUCAGAUGAAGGCAAAUACACCUGCUUUGCUGAGAACUUCAUGGGCAAAGCCAACAGCACUGGAAUCCUGUCUGUGCGCGAUGCAACCAAGAUCACCCUAGCCCCCUCGAGUGCCGACAUUAACUUGGGUGACAACCUGACCCUACAGUGCCACGCCUCCCAUGACCCCACCAUGGAUCUCACCUUCACCUGGACCCUGGAUGACUUCCCCAUCGACUUCGAUAAGCCUGGGGGGCAUUACCGGAGGGCUAAUGUGAAGGAGACUGUAGGGGAUCUGACCAUCCUGAACGCCCAGCUGCGCCACGGCGGCAAGUACACGUGCAUGGCCCAGACGGUGGUGGACAGCGCAUCCAAGGACGCCACGGUCCUGGUCCGAGGUCCGCCAGGUCCCCCAGGAGGCGUGGUGGUGAGGGACAUCAGCGACACCACUGUCCAGCUGAGCUGGAGCCGCGGCUUUGACAACCACAGCCCCAUUGCCAAGUACACCCUGCAAGCUCGCACUCCACCUGCGGGGAAGUGGAAGCAGGUUCGGACCAAUCCUGCGAACAUCGAGGGCAACGCCGAGACCGCCCAGGUGCUGGGCCUUACGCCCUGGAUGGACUAUGAGUUCCGGGUCUUGGCCAGCAACAUCCUGGGCACUGGUGAGCCCAGUGGGCCCUCCAGCAAAAUCCGGACCAAGGAUGCAGCCCCCUCAGUGGCACCCUCAGGACUCAGCGGAGGAGGCGGAGCCCCGGGAGAGCUCAUCGUGAACUGGACGCCCAUGUCACGGGAGUACCAGAACGGAGACGGCUUCGGCUACCUGCUGUCCUUCCGCAGGCAGGGCAGCACUCGCUGGCAGACGGCCCGCGUGCCCGGCGCCGACGCCCAGUACUUCGUCUACAGCAACGACAGCGUCCGGCCCUACACGCCCUUUGAGGUCAAGAUCCGCAGCUACAACCGCCGCGGGGAAGGGCCCGAGAGCCUCACUGCACUCGUGUACUCGGCUGAGGAAGAACCCAGGGUGGCCCCCACCAAGGUCUGGGCCAGGGGGAUCUCAGCCUCCGAGAUGAACGUGACCUGGGAGCCCGUGCAGCAGGACAUGAAUGGCAUCCUCCUGGGGUACGAGAUCCGCUACUGGAGAGCUGGGGACAAAGAAGCAGCCGCUGACCGAGUGAGGACAGCAGGGCUGGACACCAGUGCCCGAGUCACUGGCCUGCACCCCAACACCAAGUACCAUGUGACCGUGCGGGCCUACAACCGGGCCGGCACUGGGCCUGCCAGCCCUUCCGCCAAUGCCACGACCAUGAAGCCCCCUCCACGACGACCUCCUGGCAACAUCUCCUGGACUUUCUCCAGCUCCAGUCUUAGCAUUAAGUGGGACCCUGUGGUCGCUCUCCGAAAUGAGUCUGCAGUCACUGGGUAUAAGAUGCUGUACCAGAAUGACUUGCACCCGACGCCCACGCUCCACCUCACCAGCAAGAACUGGAUAGAAAUCCCAGUCCCCGAAGACAUCGGCCAUGCCCUGGUACAGAUUCGGACCACGGGGCCUGGAGGGGACGGGAUCCCGGCAGAAGUCCACAUCGUGAGAAAUGGAGGCACAAGCAUGAUGGUGGAGAACUCGGCCGUCUGCCCGGCGCUGCACCCUGGCACCGUUCUCUCCCACUCCGUGGCGAUGCUGGUCCUCAUAGGCUCGCUGGAGCUCUGA